UAAUAGAAUUCAAAUAAAUUAUCAAAUUUUCUUAAUGGACAUCUAAGAAUUUCGAUUAUAAACAAUACACGGAAAUCAUGGCAGCAUCGAAUAUCCCUGACGAUCAACUUAGUUUUACAUGUGAAAUAUGUGGUGUCGAAAAUUUAAGCGAAGAUUCAAUGCGAACACAUACCAAAGAGUAUCAUAUCGAUGGACAUGGAUCGUGUCCGUUUUGUGAUUUGGCUGCUGGUAAUCUUGAGGAGCUAACAUUACAUGUUAAUCAAGUACAUUUGGAUUAUUUAACACCGGAAAAUGAGUUAUUAACAUUUAUCGAUGAAGAUAACACACUUAGCCAUGAUGAUACAGAUGACACACAUAAUUGGCAACUCGACGACGAUUAUGACGAUGACAAUAAUAAAGGGGCACACGGUGUAGCUGGGGCAACCGCUUCGCACGCUACACACAAUGGAUCAACAUCAUGUAACAACGUUAAUGUUGGUCGUGGCUAUGGUGGGGGUGGCGAAGGCUCUCCAUAUCGAUCACAGCUAGCGUUAAAAUUAAAGCAUAACGCAUCCGAAAUGUUGGGCGGCGGAAGCAGUGAUAAUAAAAGUCCACAGUUACAGUGUCCUUUGUGUCCACAUCGUGGUGAGAAUCCCGCACGCCUCGAGGAGCAUAUAAAUCGACAACAUUUCGAUUUAACAUCACCGAUGUUAUCGGGUUCAACUAGCUCGAUGGCUACUAACGGUGAAUUAGCGUCGUAUCCAUGUCCGUUAUGCGUGCGCUCAUUUCAAGCAGCUAGCGAUUUAGAAUUACACGUAAACAUUGAACAUCGUGACGUUCUUAGUCCAGGUUGUCCACAACAAUCGUCCCCACAACAGUCUUCGGUGGCUGGUGCGACAACCCCAACAACCACCAGUUGUCCUGUUUGUGGAACGCUUUUAGGAGCAUCCGAUGUUGCACGGCACGUCGAAGAACAUUUUCCAACGGCCAAUGGAAGUGCCUCCGGCUGUGAUGAUUCACGGCGCGAUGCGCAACGUGUUCGUGAACAACAUGAAUUCGAUCUGUUACGUGCUCAAUAUGGAAUGGAUAAUCAAGGUAAUUUCCGUGAACAAAGUGUUGCAAAUAUGCAACGCGCUGUUUACGCUGGUGAAAUGAGUGUAGCUGAUUAUUAUGAACGUCAAUUAGAAUUACGUGCGGCCGAAAGUUAUGGUGUCGAUGAUGGCAGUUCAAUUACAAAACAUAUUGUGCAAAAAGUACGAGCGAUUUUGGGCCCAGAAUGUUUAACAUGUACCUAUGUGGAUCAUUAUGCUUCAAGUUAUGGUGAUCGUGGCUGGGGAUGUGGUUAUCGAAAUGCUCAGAUGUUGUUGUCCUCAUUACUUACGCAUACUGGAUAUAAUGAUUUGUUGUAUCGGAAGUUAUGGACGCCACAAGGAGAGUUACCACCUCGUACUGCAGUUCCUAGUAUUUCAAGGCUACAGGUGUUAAUUGAAGCCGCAUGGGCACAAGGAUUUGAUUUACAAGGUUCAGAACAAUUAGGAUGCCGUUUACAUAAUACACGUAAAUGGAUUGGUGCAACCGAGGUGUUCACCUUACUAUCAUCAAUGCGUAUCAAAUGUCAAUUAAUUGAUUUCUAUCGACCGACGGGUGCGGAUGGAACACAUCCAGAAUUAUUUUCAUGGGUACUCAAUUAUUUUCAAUGUGGCAAAGAAUUCCUGCCCCCAUUAUAUUUACAACAUCAAGGCCAUAGUCGUACCAUCAUGGGUGUAGAAUGUGUUAGAGACGGUGGUACCAUACAAUUGUUAAUAUUGGAUCCAAGUCAUUCACCACAACAGAUGGCACAAUUGAAUACGAACAGUACAGCGAGUCAAGGUAUACGAUUGUUACGGAAAGGACCAUCCGCUAUGAAAGCACGUCAGUAUCAAUUGGUUGUUGUUGUUGGUACCAUUGAUUCAGAAGCACAGUAUCAGCAAAGCAAAGUUCUUCGAGGAAUUCGUAUACCACAAGAUCGGUGAAACUUUAGUGACCAUAAAAUGAAUAAUAUCAAUAUUAAUAAAAAU